AGAGAAUCAUUAACAGUGACUGAGAAUCAUGGCAGAAGUUGCUCCAGCAGCCGCACCGGCUAAAGCUCCGGCUAAAGCACCGAAGAAGAAGACCGCUACCAAGGCUAAAAAAGAUGGACCCAGCCUCCCCAAACUCAUCGUGGCCGCCGUGGCCGACUCCAAGGAGCGCAAGGGAGUUUCUCUGGCGGCGCUCAAGAAGGUCCUGGCCGGGAAAGGCGUAGAUGUGGCCAAGGCCAACAAGCGCAUCAACACCGCGGUUACCAAGCUUGUGACAAAGGGAACUCUUAGUCAAACUAAAGGGACUGGAGCAUCCGGGUCCUUCAAGCUCGCUGCGAAGGAGCCCAAAGCCGCCAAACCGACCAAGAAGGUGGUGAAGAAGAAGGCUCCCGCCAAGGCAAAGAAACCAGCUCCCAAGAAAGCCACAACACCCAAGAAACCCGCCGCUAAGAAAACAGCAGCCAAGAAAUCUCCGAAGAAGGCAGCGGCCAAGAAAGCUCCCAAAAAGGUGGUCAAGAAGAGCCCCAAAAAGAGCCCGAAGAAGCCCGCCGCUAAGAAGCCAAAGGCUGCUAAGAAGCCUGCAGCCAAGAAAACGGGAGCCAAAAAACCCGCAGCGAAGAAGGCCAAGAAAUAAACAUCUUUUCUCCUCCAACCACUGCUUAAGGCACCAAAGGCUCUUUUCAGAGCCACCACUUCUACAAAUUAAGACAUUCCUGUAAAUAAUCUGCUAUU